AGAAAGGUGGGAUAGAGUCAAAAAGGCGAAUAUCCCAAAAUCGGACCGAAAACUUUGCUUGAAAAUGAUGUGGUGGUGCAGGGGGAAGAUCGCAUUGGUGGUUUUAUUGUCUGUUUUAAGUUUGCUGUUACCGACACGAGCGGAUGAGCAUGAUCAUACGUACAUAGAUAAAGAAGAGGUGGUUCUAUGGAUGAACACAGUGGGGCCGUAUCACAACAGACAGGAAACGUAUAAGUACUUCUCCCUGCCCUUUUGUGUUGGCAUCAAGAAGACCAUCAGCCACUACCAUGAGACUCUGGGAGAGGCUCUGCAGGGAGUUGAGCUGGAGUUCAGUGGCCUUGACAUAAAGUUUAAAGAUGAAGUAAUGCAAACAACAUACUGUGAAAUUGAGCUUGAUAAAACUAGAAGAGAUGCCUUUGUCUAUGCCAUUAAGAAUCAUUACUGGUAUCAAAUGUACAUCGAUGACCUUCCCAUCUGGGGAAUUGUUGGUGAGGCAGAUGAGAAUGGAGAGGAUUAUUACCUCUGGACGUACAAAAAGCUGGAGAUUGGCUUCAACGAUAACAGGAUUGUGGAUGUUAACCUGACCAGUGAGGGGAAAGUCAAACUUGUGCCGAACACAAGGAUCGCCAUGUCUUACUCGGUCAAAUGGAAAAAGUCAGAUGUGAAAUUUGAAGACCGGUUUGAUAAAUACCUUGAUCCAUCAUUCUUUCAGCAUAGAAUACACUGGUUCUCAAUAUUUAACUCCUUCAUGAUGGUGAUUUUCUUGGUGGGUCUGGUGUCUAUGAUUCUGAUGAGGACGUUGAGAAAAGACUAUGCCAGAUACAGCAAAGAGGAGGAAAUGGAUGAUAUGGAUCGAGAUUUAGGUGACGAGUAUGGCUGGAAGCAGGUUCAUGGUGACGUCUUUAGACCAUCAAGCCACCCCCUGAUCUUUUCCUCCCUUAUUGGCUCUGGAUGCCAGAUCUUUUCUGUAUCGUUCAUUGUUAUUGUGGUGGCCAUGAUUGAGGAUCUGUACACUGAGAGGGGCUCUAUGCUGAGUACGGCCAUAUUUGUGUAUGCUGCUACUUCUCCAGUCAACGGAUACUUUGGGGGAAGCCUGUAUGCAAAACAAGGAGGUAGGAGAUGGAUAAAGCAGAUGUUUAUCGGGGCAUUCCUGAUCCCAGCCAUGGUUUGCGGCACAGCCUUCUUUAUCAACUUCAUUGCUAUCUACUACCAUGCUUCCAGAGCCAUCCCAUUUGGCACUAUGGUGGCGGUUUGCUGCAUCUGCUUCUUUGUUAUUCUGCCUUUGAACCUGGUGGGGACGAUACUGGGUCGGAACCUGUCGGGUCAGCCCAAUUUUCCAUGUAGGGUUAACGCUGUGCCCAGGCCCAUCCCUGAGAAAAAAUGGUUCAUGGAACCAGCUGUCAUCGUGUGUCUGGGUGGGAUCCUGCCCUUUGGGUCUAUAUUUAUUGAGAUGUAUUUUAUUUUUACGUCAUUCUGGGCGUACAAGAUUUACUAUGUUUAUGGGUUCAUGAUGCUUGUACUGGUGAUCUUGUGCAUCGUGACUGUGUGUGUGACCAUCGUCUGUACUUACUUCCUUCUCAACGCUGAAGACUACAGAUGGCAGUGGACAAGCUUUCUUUCGGCUGCAUCAACGGCAGUUUAUGUUUACAUGUAUUCCUUUUACUACUAUUUCUUCAAAACAAAGAUGUACGGUUUGUUUCAGACAUCGUUCUAUUUCGGCUACAUGGCUGUGUUCAGCACUGCUCUGGGAAUAAUGUGUGGAGCGGUUGGCUACAUGGGAACAAGUGCCUUUGUAAGGAAGAUCUACACAAAUGUAAAAAUCGACUAACGGCCGACGUUUUCCCAGCAGCGGCGGGCACAAGUCCUUAUUUCUUUUUGCAAGAAGAGAUUGUGAUCUUAUCUUGUACAAAUCUAGUUUUCCAUUUUCUCAACAAGGUUGGAAGAUUGUGUACACGGGCUUAAGAGAAGAUACAAUAAACAUGUUUUAUUUUUAUUAUUUUUUAUUAACUGUUUCAUUUCUUUCGGGGCAAUCGCAUUCAAUCAUUUUAGUGUAAAAAUGGAAGAAACCCUAACAUUGGUUCUCCCUCUGAUUCUGAAUUCUGUCCCACCCAGCAUGAGAGAACAUAGAGCUUUAUUGAUGGAAUAGCCUAGCUCUCUUCAGUGAAGAGGCCGAAGUGUACGGAGAGCCAUUGUUCUGUUCUGUUUGAGUAGAUUGUAGAGGGAGGAUUGAGUCCAUGCUUCUACUGUCUGAUUUUGUAUUUUUGAUUAAGCUGAGCGAUGCUGUUGCUGAUGUAUUGUUUUUAAACUUUGAAUCAUCUUGAGCUUAGUGUUACUUGAUUGGGAUUGGAUUUAUUUAUACCAAGUAAAUUGGUGUGGGUCACCAGCUUUUCUGCAUCCAGGCUUCACAAACCACCAAUUUUCAGUUUACACUAAGUACUUCAAAUAUUCUAACUGGCAAACACUAGCAGUCCUACCAUGAUUACCUGAGCGACGUGCAGCCAUUUUAAAUUGAUUCACAGUGGUCUUGUGUUUUCCAGUUCAGUCUUACUUUUAAUGUUUGAUUAAAAUGAAGUGAAAUGAAAGUCUGUGUGUGAAGAGAAUGGGUGGGCUAAACGUGUAUAUAACCCUAAUAAUGUAACUGUAGCUGUAGAUCCCAAUGUAUUUUGGUUGUACAGAUUUAUUACAGGGUGUUUUUUUUUUUUUUUCCUUUUCUUUCUGAAGACAUUUAGUUUUGUCUUAUUUUUGUGAGCUUGGGUGGGUGGCACUGUUACAUCUUAACUGUUGGUGCAUGACGUUUUUAUCCUAACGUACAAACCCCUUCUCUUUUUAUUUGCGUUUUUCCCCAUUUUGUUUUCCAGUUAUUCCUGAUAUUCUAAUGUUCACUAUACAUCCAACGCAUUGUAUAACUUCAGCUGUCUGAAGUGCUACAAUUGACUUCCUACUACUCGUAGAGGGGGAAAAAAGAGGACUUAUAGCUAUGUUAUAUUUUGUAAUGCUUAUAAUUUAAAGCUUUAAAUGACUCUCCAUGUGUUGGACAGCCAUGCGUUUCCCUCACCAUACAAGUUUGGCUCUAUAACCAGAAGCAGCAUAGUGAACGCCGGAUACAUUGGAAGUUUCUGCAAACUGAAAACUGUAUUGAGUUAUUGUACACUUUCACAAGUUUUCACAGAUACAGGAUGUGCCACAAAAGCAUGCUGAGAAAGCUCAUGUUUUUUGUUCUGCUGUGUAAAUACAGUGUGUAAUUAAAAUGUCUGAGACGUGGCAAAGCCUUUUUCUAAUUCUGGUUCCUCAUGUCAUGAACCUUGUGAUGUCUGAAAUGACAUUUUAAACAUGCUAUUAAAAUACCUGUUGUCAAAAGAAAACAAUAAACAAUGUUUAUGUACA